GACGGAGAGCACUCAGUACCAAUAUCGCAGGAUCGAGUUGGUCACCCCGACAACCACUUUAGCCAAUUGAAACUUUAGUUGAGUCACUGUAAGGAUUUUUUUAUAGUUGAGACACCGUCGUUGUGGUUAAAGAUGAGGGGGUUUCUCUGUGUGUUGGUGUGUUUAGCAGCUUUUGCUGUACAUUCCCAAGCCCAGUUCCCAGGACGACCGCAACCGCCUGUCGGUGGUCGACCAAAUCAACCUGGUAAUCGCCAACCUGGACAACCUGGAGUUGGUGGGCAACCCGGUGUAGGCGGACGACAGCCUGGUGUCGGUGGACAACCCGGUGUAGGCGGACGACAGCCUGGUGUCGGUGGACAACCUGGCUUUGGUAACCCUGGAACACCCGGUGGAAGACAACCUGGCUUUGGUAACCCUGGAACACCCGGUGGAAGACAACCUGGAUGGGGUCAACCUGGUGUCGGGCAGCCUGGAACACCCGGUGGAAGACAACCUGGGUUUGGUAACCCUGGAACACCCGGUGGUAGACAACCUGGAUGGGGUCAACCUGGUGUCGGACAGCCUGGUGCCGGACAACCUGGUGGUGGACAACCAGGAUGGGGUCAACCUGGUUUUGGACAACCCGGUGUUGGUCAACCCAAUAGACCUGGUUUUGGACAACCCGGUGUUGGACAGCCCAAUAGACCCGGUGUUGGACAGCCCAAUAGACCUGGUUUUGGACAGCCCGGUGUAGGACAGCCCGGUAGACCUGGUUGGGGACAACCCGGAGUUGGACAACCUGGCGUCGGACAACCUGGAUGGGGACAGCCUGGUGCCGGACAACCUGGUUUUGGACAACCUGGUGUUGGACAGCCUGGAGGCGGAUGGCCAGGAGCAGGUGGACAGCCGGGAGGUGGAUGGCCAGGAGCAGGUGGCCAACCUGGAGGUGGAUGGCCUGGAGCAGGUCCCGGUGCAGGACAACCUGGUUUUCCUGGUCGUAUUGAUCCCGUAGUUCACGAUCCUAACCGGAAGGAGAGAUGUGCUAAGUUCUGGAUGGAGGAAGGAAACAGCUGCUAUCUAUUUGACAGUGGUGCCUUCUUAAGACGUGUUGCCGCCAACGCCCCCAUUGUCGUCAACAACCAAGAUGGGCUUUUCCAGGCCGCCGCCAAUACGUACUGCUCGCAGAUGCACCCCAACGCCUCCCUUGUCACAGUCAAUAGCCUGGCAGAAAACAACCUCUUGUACGAGUGGGCUGUCAGGAUGAUGGUUGAGCCUGUUCCAGUUUGGAUUGGUCUUCACGUUGGCCCAAUGGGACGAUGGCAGUGGUACAGCGGAGAACCAGUUAACUACACCAACUGGGAAGGGUUCAGGGCCCCCAUGGCUGAGCCGGGUCUUGGAGCCAUGAUCUUUGAUGCUGAUAUCAUCAAUCAGAUAUUCAACAACCAGGUGGAGAUCACCCCGCAGUGGGUUCCAGAGCAGGGUAGGAAUGAGCCCCAUGCUUUGAUCUGUGAAUAUCAUCCUCAAGAUCUUCUGCCUGGGAAUUACCCCCAUGGGAAUUACCCCCCUCGAACCACUAGGAUGCCUGUCACCAGGAUGCCUGGUCCCCGUAUACCCGGUCGACGACCUGCCAUGAUGAACAGCAAUUCCAACCUCAUGAGUCUUCUGAGUGGUUUCGGAGGUUCUCGGCUACAUGAGGUACCGCGGAGCAGACCAGGAAACCUAAAUGCCAACCUAGUCUAUGCCGUCCAGCCAUGAACAUAGAGUUGCACUGGACUCAUAAUCCAGUAACACUCUCAUUUCAACUUACUUUAGACAACGCUCAAUCGGUGGCGCAAGGUCGCCCUUCAAAUACAGUUACCAUUGAACAGUAAAAGGAACUCUCUUAGACAUCUGUGAGGGCGUCGUCUAUCCUCGUCUAUCCUAAUUAAUUGUCCUUAGUGCCGAGCUAGAAGGAAUUCCACCUCGAAUGAGCAAUAAUGAAAUAGUUCUUUAGAAAAGAAGACCUUCUUUGUAUUUUCAGAGUCUUGAAAGUGAUUCUCUCCACAUACUGUCAGCAGAACAAAUGUUCUAGAGACUUUAACAAUUUCCGAUAAGGGUACAUUAGUUAAAAUUGUUUGUGAUUUAGUCAAAUUGCAGACAGUGGUUCCUCAAUUUGUUCCAGAAACACCGAUACUGAACCCUUUCCAUAAUGUUUACCGAAAUUAUUACACCUUCGUCCUUAAUGGUUCUUGACUGUUUUCUUUCGAAAUUGUGUGUGCCUCAUAAAAAGGGAAAAAUCACCUUUUUGACAUUGAUCAGAGUAUAUAGAAUAUAUUGUUAUGUAAUGCAAUCUUUUUCUCAGAAUAUAUCUGAAAGUAUGAUGUAUGUACAUAAUAGAAUAGGACAAAUCGUUUGUGUAUAUGAAUAUCACCGUCAAACAGAGUGGCUUUUGGGAAAUAAUUUACCUAUGUUUGCUUUAUCGCUUCUAUUGUACAUUUUGUUCAGUAAUAAAAUCACGUUUUUUAUUUUAAACAUU